AUGCCUUCGUGGACCUGCAAAAGGAGCAGAUUGAUAAGGCGAUGGUCGGCUGAAGGAUAUGUGAAGCAUGAUCAUUCACGCAGCACUCUAGUUGUUGCAGAAGAUAACUUCAAGAAACUAGUUGACCAGAGUACCAUUUGGCCAAUUGAUACAAGCAAGAAUGCAAAUGUGAAGACUUGCAGAGCUCAUAGCAUCUUCCACGAGUUCCUGCUGUACAUGUCCAUGUCUUCUAAGUUCAUUACAUCUUUCAACAACGAAGAGAGAAAAGACUACCGCCACCUCUUUAUUCAGAACACACCAAACAGCAAGUAUGGGGAUGAUGAAGAGAAAUCCCGUGCCCAUUCUCUGACGAUCUAUGGAAGUGCAGGUGAAGCUGCUGGGUAUUUUGCCAAGUAUCAGCUGCUGAGAGUCUUGGAUUUGGAAGAAUGCAAGGAUUUGGAGGACAAACAUCUUGAUGGCAUACACAAGCUAUGGUAUCUGAAAUACUUGAGUGUCGGGGACAAAAUAAGCAGACUGCCGAAGCAUAUUGAGAAAUUACAUUGCUUAGAGACCCUCGACAUGAGGAAGACAAAGAAAGUUAUCAUAUUACCCGUGGAAGUCAUCAAGCUGCCCCACCUAGCUCAUCUGUUGGGAAGGUUCAAGCUUGAUAAGAGGGACUGGGACAAAAGUGAACCACAAAAGUAUGUGCCUGAAAAAAGCAAUCUGCAAACGCUAGCAGGAUUUGUCACAGACAAUAACUCUGGGUUUUCAAAGUUAAUGCUUUAUAUGAAGAUAUUGAAAAAGGUUAAGAUAUGCUGCAACUCGACAACUGAUGAGGGCCUUGAUGGCCUUUUAGUGGCUAUUGAAAACUUCGUGCAGGCUGACUUGGACACAGGUGUUUGUGUUCGUUCUCUGUCAUUAGAUAUUGGGAAUUUUUCAGUAAGGAUCCUGCGUUCUCUAGCAUAUGCCUCCCCAAGACUGAAGAAGGAGCUUUGCCCGAUCUCCCUCUCACUUCGGCUUCUCAAUCAUGGUUUAGAUGGGCUAUCUGGCAUCGAAAUCAAAUGGCACAAAAUUCUCCAGGAAAUUGCACUUGACUCUGAGGUUAAGCAGGAAACAAAAACUGAUUGGGAAGAUUCAGCUAAGAAGCAUCCAAAGAGACCAAGAGUUUUGUAUCUGAAAAGUGUUGAUCUGAAUGGCACGGGGUCUAUGAAAAACAGGCACGCUCUAUUCUCUGCGCUCGCCGAUCCGCGCUUGGGAUGGCAGGGCAAGCGCGUCGGAAGGCAGAGGCAGUGCGUGGCCGACAGGCGGGCCUGGAGUGUGGAGGUGAACGUGUCAGCUGUGGAGUGGCGCGCUGGCAUGUCCACGCGGCGCCGACAGGAAGUGGAGAUCGAAGGCAAUGGACGCCACCGCUGGCUGUGGAGGAUCUGCGACGGCGAUGCCCCAGGCUGGUGGUGA